AUGGCUCGAAAGUCGAAGAUCAAAAAAGCCGAAGCAAUUUCCCAUCUCGACCCCGGCACGGUGUCAGUGAUUUCUCUCCAAAAGAGAUUUCUUGAUUUCCCUCCACUGCAAGAAGCGAUACUGUUCAAGUCAAUACGUAGAAAAGUGAUGGAAGAGGAGCAAAUCGUUGACUUGACCGAGCCUGAGCGAUGCCGGGUUUGCGGGGGAUCGCCGGCGUCCCGAAUCUAUGGAUCGAUUGCGUGCGGUAGCUGCAAAGUCUUCUUCAUCCGUGUGACCACCGCCGGCGCCAAGGUACCCGAGUGUCAGAAUCGGAAAAUCUGUGGGAAGCAGAAUUUUCGAGGAGCUGGGAAAAGUAAAUGUGUUCCUUGUCGCUACGAGAAGUGCAUCAAAAUGGGGAUGAUCCCGGAAAUGACGGCUCGUCGUCGUGGUUGUACUUUACGAGAACGUCGAGCGAUGAUCGGACUUCAAAAAAGAGGGCGAAAACUCUCAGCUCUUUCGCAAGCAACUCGAAAUCUUGUAGAGAUUGAAAUCGCAUCGACGAGCAAUCAGUUGACACCAAUUUGUGCACCAGAUGCGAGAGAAGUCCAGCUGGCUGGCGUUAGAUUUGCGAAACCGGUUUUCUGCCUACAAGAAGUGACGAUCGAAACGAUCAAAACGCUUGUCAACUUUCAAGAACUAAUCAUGAACGAUCAUCCAUCAUUUUCAAUGAUGGUCGACUUUCAAUAUUCGCUGGAGGAUUCAGUGGAUGCGUUGCUCAACAAUCCGCUGAACAUUUGCCCAAGGGUUCCGGUAGGAAUGCAUCCAUCAACAGGAAACGUUCCCAACGAAUUCCUGUCAACAUUGGGUGCCCGAAUCUUCACUCGAUCCAUCGUCCUCUUCGCCGAUUGGUGUCGAGCCAUUCCCGAGUUCUGGGAAAUUCAUGAUGAUGAUCGGGCGAUCUUCUUUUCCCGGCAAUUCCUUCGUCAAAACAUGUACAAAGACUACUAUUACACUUACAAAUACAAGUAUCACAACGGGUUGCUCUUCACGUUUGGGAACAAGGUCAAGCUGGAACAGUUGGAGCAGUUGAGGCUCGCCUCAUUUUAUGCCCUCCAUGUCGAGAUGGCUUUCGGUUUAAUUAUCCCAUGCAUGGCACAGGCAGAGAUGGGUGAUGAGGAGUUCGUCAUUCUCAAGAAUAUCAUCCUUUUCUCGACGGGUCUUGGCUUGAAACAGAAAACAAUUGAUGUCGCCAAACGGGCCUACAGUAAAUAUUGCUCAAUUUUGUUAGAGUAUUUAAAAUUUCGACACAAAGAUGAAAAAGUGGCCAUUGAGAAGUUCACGAGAUUGAUGGAUAUACCUAGAUAUUUACAGAACAGCGUCCCGAAAGUCGGUUCUCUUUACGGGAAAGCGGUGCUCUGUCAAGAAGGCGGCUUAAGAGGGAAAUUAUCCGAGGAUCUCUUAUGGAAACUA